AUGGCGACGGCAACAUCAAACGAGAUGAGCUCAGCGAGUCGUUACAAAAUCUCAGGAUCUGCGUGCCGGAGAAGAAGCUGGGGCGAUGAUUGGAAGAUUGACGCCGAUAACGUCGAGGAGUUCAGCGCCCUAUACGCGGCGGUGAUGGCAGACGGUGGAGGGAACGAGGCGGACGACCGUGAAGAGGACGUGCGGGAGUCAUGCCGGAGAAGUACCGGAGUAUAUAUAGUCAAGAUCGACUUAGGUGGCGACGGGAGGGCCAACUUUGACGACUUCCGGCAGAUGAUAAAGUACGGUGGGUUUGUCAGGAGUGGUGCUGGAACACGCGGUGGCCAGAUUCGUGACCGACUGCGGCCGGAGCUCCAUCCUGGAGGCUGUGAUGCGCGGAUGCCGAUGAUCGGGUGGCCGAUCUAUGCGGAGCUGAGAAUGAACAUGGUGUUCAUGGUGGAGGAGCAGAAGUGCCUUGAUUUUUACGCACUUUGA